ACUCUAAUAGUCGGAUCUUAUAUUCAAGAUCGUCUAUGAAAUCAUCUUCAGAUACUCCGUGGCCAAUGAAGUGUUCCGUACAGCAUCUGAUAAAUUCAAUACGGUCUUGAAUAUAAGAUCCGACUGUGAAUACCGGCCCUAGCAUUGUGCACAAAACGUAAUUGGCCGGCUGUUCCCCACCACUUUUAUUCACCGUUCUUUUUGCGCUACGCCUCGGACUGUCAUUUGUUCGAUUCCUCUUUUGUCUAUGUUUACCUUGGCAAUGCUAAUAGCUAGUGAACACGAUAUCUUGCCCGCUCUUGUAAGUCCCUUUUUAGUACUUUACAUUUCAUACUUUUUCUUACACCACCGCAAUCUUUUUCACUGCCUAGUAAUAGAUAAAUUUAAUUUUACAAAAAGUAUCGCGCGUUAUGUAACAAUUGGAUAUAAUUAAAGAGACGGACUGAGAUCGCUUUGGAGAUGAAGUGUAUUUAGUUUGUUGUUGAAACUUUUAAUUCUUGUUAAAAAAAAAAGGGGGAGGGAACUCACGUCUCGUGCCUUUUGUGAAAUUUUAGAACGGAAUGAAACCGGAGCAGAGCAACGAGAACAGGUUAGACGGUACUGUGAUGCAGCAAGUGAGCGAACAUCAGAACAAUAUGAACAUGGGCAUGAUGGACAACAUGGGCCUAAGUAUGCCCAUGAUGAUGUCGAGUAACGCCCAGCAACAAAUAACCUCAGUUCCUAUGGACAGCAGUGGUAGCUCUGUACAAAAUGUCCAACCAGUGGCCGGACCAAGCACGCAAGCGGCACACGACCAAAUUGCACAGAAUCAAACGGACGCGCCUACGCAACAGGAGGACGAGGACGAGAGUAGCGAAGAGGAGGAGAACUCGGACGACGAGUGCGACGGAGACGAAGGCCUACCUAUAAAGGAAGAGAGUGAGGAAGAUCCUAAUAACAGUAGAACUAUAGAGCCUACGACGUUUGUUAAUGUUUCCCUGGCGUGCGACGAAGCCGGCCCCUCUGGUCUCCAGCAACAGAAAAUUGCCGACAUGCCCGAGAUGGUGAUGCCACAGGCAGCGGACGUGGAUCCGAAAACUGGGUGCAAUCAACUUGAUCCACUCUCGCCAACUUUUCUGAUAGUAAAACUGGAAGACGAUUAUUUUCGCAUCCCAAAAUCAUUGAGCGUGUUUAUGAUGAAGGAACCGCCCCCCGAGGAAAAUAAUUCCAAAACUGAGUCGAAGGAAGAUGAAGAAGCGAAAGAGAAGAAUAGCCGCGUUGAGAAGGCUCAAAAUCGCGUCGAGACCAGGAAGAGAAAUAGAACCGUCAUCGACGAUCUGGACGACUGGGACGAUCUGGAUGACACACCAUUGGAUUUCAGGAAACGGCGCAAAGACGAGCUCUCAAAAGUGCGAUCCAGCAAACACACGACUAUUCCAAAGAAGAAGUCGCAUAUCUGCGAGAUCUGUUACAUCACGUUCGAUCGCAAGAGCAAGCUCACUAGUCACAUGUUUAAGCACAGCAACUCACGGCCGCACAAGUGUACGAUCUGCUCCAAGGGCUUCAAGACCGGUGCGUAUCUUUCUAGGCAUAUGGAGAUCCACGACGAGCCCGCGCAGCUACACGCGUGCACCCUGUGCGAUUUUAAGGCGCGCACGAAGCCGUAUCUGAAGAUACAUUACAUUCGCAAGCACACCGAGGACUACAACUAUAGCUGCGAGCAAUGUGGCAAGAUGUUUAAAGUUCAGUCUGACUACACGACACACAUGAAGGACCACGACACGGAGUCUUGCGUUUGCGACAUAUGCGGCACGUCCUAUCCCAGCAAGAGUUCUCUGUACUUCCAUAAGCAUUACAAACACAAAACGAAAAUCAAGGAGUUCGAGUGUCAGGUGUGCAGAAAGCGCUUCAAGACUCAGAAGAAUCUCGACAGUCACGCUGAGCUGCACAAGAUGAAGUACGUUUGUGAGCAAUGCGGUAUGGAGUUCAAAUUCAAGUACGGCCUCACAAAGCAUCUCAGGACCCACUCGGGCGAGAAGUCAUAUCUCUGCGCGAUAUGCGGCAAGACCUUUGGCUGCCUCAGCUCGCAAAAGAUUCAUCUGCUUACCCACGUCGGCGAGCGACCAUACGUCUGCGACAUCUGCGGUCAAAGCUUCACCCAGCGGUCGCCGAUGAUGCUGCACCGGAAGAAGCAUCCCGGCGUCCAUCCACCGCCGCCGCCCAUAAAAAUUACCAAUCUCCUGCACGGCGUGCAAGAUAAAAUUGUUGUGAACAAAAGUGCCAAGAAGUCUGUGCCACGUGAUCCUCUUAAACAAAAUUUUCCUGUGAUUCAAAGCAAGCAUCAAUUUUAUCUUAUGCCGAUGCAAGGUUCUUAUGAGUUUAUCGAUGAAGAUAAAAAUAGGAUUGUGGAUAUACCACAUCUUUUGGACGUAAAAGUGGAGAUUGUUGACGAGUCCGUGGAGGAGCCUGAAGAAAUAAACAAACGUGAGAUUUUAGAGAUUAGAGAUAAGAAAAUGGAUUGUAGAAUAUUCACCGAUCUAGUAAAAUUGUCAAGAAAUGUGAUAAAGAAAAACACAAUGGAAGAUAAUAACAAAUUGCUGGGUGAAGUUAUCUUCAACGACAAAUUUUCUUCUAUCAACGAGACAUACACAAUAGAAGAUGUGUUUUACAAGAAACUUGCUAACGGAGAUUUACACAUGCGAUAUCUGUCAGAUAGUAUUCGAGUAAGAAACAAGAACUUCAAGUAUCAAUGCAAAGUUGAAGUUACACCGACUUAUCCAUCAGGAGAUGAAUGCCAAUUCGUACAAGAACAAAACUGCAGCAAGAAGAUCUUGCAGACGGACGCUUCCGGUUGCUUUAUUGUCGGAAAAGAUUCGAUACCAAUGAGACUGUGGCAACACGCUGAUGCCGGCGGUAAACUGCGCUAUUCGUUAAUACCGAUAUUAGACGACGUUAAGGCUGAGGAAGUAAAGGUAGUACCUAAUGUACUACCGUUGACCUCUAUUAAAGCCGAAAAGACGGAGGCUCGUCGGAGCAAUCGGAGAAUCAGUGGAAGCAACGUCGGUAGUUGCAGGGAUUUCUCGAUGCGUUUGGGCAAUCAAGUCAUUGAUAGUUACACUUGCAACAGGUGCAAUAUGAAAUUUCCCAUGCAGUCUAUGCUGAAUCGCCACAAAGUGACGCACGAUAUGCGUUUGUGGCUCCGCAGAAAGUGUCUGAGAGAAAAAUACACGCGAUAUUUAAAGAUAAACACUCGAAGGCAGCUGAAGAUGCAGAAACGUUUGCAGCAAACAAAGUACGUUUGUACACUUUGCGAUUUCAACUGUAAUAGAUUGGCGACUUUGGAUGCGCAUCUAAAGAGGAAGCACCUGGCCAAGACAAAUCCGAAGAAGCUCAGUUGUACGAUCUGCAGUUACGAGUGUUCGAGUAAAGUGAAUCUUAGCAGGCACAUGAGCAAGCACAGGAACAAGAAUACGACGAGUCUUGCUUGCAACAUGUGCGAUUUUGAAUGCAAACGGAGCACUACUCUGGCGUCUCACUUGGAGAGCCAUAAGAGAUCUAAGAAAACUUCGGACGCGAGUUGUGCGAAACGUACAAUAAUGAAGUGUAGCUAUACAUCUCCCAAGAAGACGAGUCAAUCGGAUUGCUCGCACAGCCGCGGGACUGCGUUAAUCUCAUACCAGGAUUCUAACUUGAUAAUUAAAAAGGAAGUUUAUGCCGAGGAUCGCAGCGAGACGUCGGCGAUCGCUGCCGACGCCCCGAAGAAAUCCAGCCAGAAAAGGCCACUCGUCGAGGAGCACUGUGAUCUCUGCGAUUUUACGUGCGCGAAAAAGAGUACGUUGUACUCGCAUAAACGUCGACACAAGGUGGAGGACGUCAACGAGGUGUACGCGUGCAACGAGUGCGGCUUCAAGACUGCCAAGAAGUCGUCGCUGUACUCUCACAUCAAGCGGAAGCACAAAGAACCGCGGUCUAGCGACGGCGACGCACAACCGGAACUGUUCUACUGCAGCCAGUGUGACUUUAAGAAUAAGAACAAAUACGAGUUGAAGAUACACGUCGCUCGCAAGCACACGGACGACUUCAAGUUCUCUUGCGAGACAUGCGGUAAAAAGUUCAAGGUCAAGGGCGACCUAACGAAUCAUAUACGCUUCAGCCAUCGGGAGCAGCCGGUGAUCUGUGACGUUUGCGGCAAGAUUUGUCUCAACAGCAACUCCUUGUAUGUGCAUCAGAAGUUCGCCCACUACAAGGCCAAGUACGAGUGUCAAAUAUGCAAGAGGCGUAUGGUCAGCCAGGAGAAUCUCAACGAGCAUAUGCUUAGACAGCACGAGCGCAAGGAGAACGUGGUGUGCGAGGAGUGUGGCAAGACUUUCUCGCGGAACAGCAGAUUGAAGGUGCACAUGAGGAUCCAUACUGGCGACAAACCAUACAGCUGCACCAUCUGCAAGAAGUCCUUCGCCCGCAGGACAGCUCUCAAGCAGCACCUGCUCAUCCAUACCGGCAUUAGGCCGUACGUGUGCGAUAUUUGCGGCAAGGCCUUCACUCAAAAGCCGGGUCUGAUCAGCCACAGGAAAUCGCAUCCGGGUUCCCAUCCACCUCUGCCACGCGUCCUCAUCGACCACAUCCUGAACGAUUUUAUGAACGGCUGACGCGGCGAUUGACCGACGUAAAAUUUGCACGAGCGAUUUCGAGGAAUGUAGGUGACAACAAUGUAUAGAAGAUAAAUGUGCUCGUGUAAUUGAUAUAUUCAUGUAUAAUACUAUACAAAUGAGAUUACUCUCAUUAUAUGAUUUUUUUAUCCGAGUGAUAUCUAGACAUAAUGAUAUCUGCCAUCUAGAUAUAGUGAUAUAUACCUAUCAUAAAACAAAGCGAUGUAUUAUUCGCAGAGAAUUUUAAUUGCCUUAUGUAAAUGAAUAUCUUAAACGUAUUUUUUUUUUAGAUUAUCAUCAGUAUACAUAUAAACAUUGUGUCAAAAAUUCUGUAAACGAAAUCUCUUUCUAAAGCUUUGUUAAUUUGUUACGUUAUGCAUUAUAUUAUUACCAUAUCUGAUAUAUUAUUACCAUAGCUGAUUUGUUUAUUGGAUGUCAUGUUAAAAAAGAAUUAUUAGUACUUGAAAUUUUUCGAAAUGAUGUAUUUGUAUACUGUUUAUAAAGCCAUUGGUUGUUAGAUAAUCAUUAAUUGUUCCUGUUAAUUUAUUUGUUAUUUUUCAUCUGGAAACAUCCAUAUUCUAAAUGCAUGCAUGCAUAAAAUUAUUGUACAAUUAUUCGCGUUUGUAAGUACGAUAAAUCUAUUGUGAGAGGGUGUUUAGAUUUUAAUAUCGGAAUAGUAUAUUUUCUUAUGUAUAGCGCGCAAUAUUUAUACCCUAGAUUUAAUUACUUUUAUACAUAUAUGUAUGAUUAACUAUAACCCAAUGUGAUUUCAGCGAAUAUACAGUAUGUGUAAAUUACUACAAAAUAGAGGUUUUCGUUUAUUGCUAGGAAUAAGCGUGAACUAUUCCCGCCGUUGAUUGUAAUUCUUCAGAGAUUAGAAAAAAAAGCCAUUGAAAAAUGAUGUAUAAAUAAUUAACAAAGUCUAAAAUUUAUGUUUUAUC